GCUAUAAAAAUUAUUUCAAUGUUUUGAUUAUAAAAAUUGAAUAUAAAUAUCAAAUACUACAAUAUUUAGCAAUUGCAUGUUGAAAUUUCAUAGAUUUUAUAGACAUUGAGCGUACUUCAGAAUGGCUCUUCUCAUAAGAUGUUUAAAUUAUCAAAGUCGCAUGAUUUUAAGACAGUUUUCAUCAUCUAGAGUUUGUUUUCAAAUAGAGAAAUCAAAUGAUCGCCAAAAAAUUGUCAAAUCUGAAAGUCAUAAGGAUAUUGGCAAAGCAAAACCUUUUGGUGAAAGAGUUAAAGAAACAGCAAAGACGACUAGUUAUUUGGGAAUUAUUCUCGUGGGGGUUGGCGUUACAGGAAUAAUGUUAUAUGCGAUAUUUAAAGAAUUGUUUUCUAAUAAUAGUCCUCAAGCUGUUUAUUCAGAUGCUUUCGAGAGAUGUAAGGCUGAUACAAGAGUUCAGGAUUCACUGGGGCUCCCAAUAAAAGCAUACGGAGAAGAAACAAGACGGAGACGUCGUAAUCAUGUCGCUCACCAAAUUUAUCAGAAAAAUAACAGAAAUUAUAUGCGACUUUCCUUUCAUAUUCAAGGGAUUAGAAAUAAAGCAACAGUGCAUUGUGAAAUGAGAGAGAGUGAUUCGGGGAGAUAUGAAUGUCGCUAUCUAUUUGUGCAACUUGAUUCUUAUCCUCAUACGACCAUAAUUGUUGAAGACAACAGAUUCAAUGAUCCAUUGGAUUCUCCUGCGGAUUAAUCGACAUCAGUUUUAAGUUGAAUAUUUUGCUCACUGAGCAUAUACAACUGCUAGUAGCUCUUUUGUGCAGUUCUAAAUAUAAAAGAAUUUAUAAUAUCUAAUAAAAAAGUCAAACAAAAAAUUAAUUAAUUAGGUAUUAUUUUAUUU